UCAGAACACUGAUGGGUGUAGCUGGAAAGACUGAGGGCAGGUUGAGCAGGUGGCAUUGUUUCAAGAAAAGAAAGAGAUUUGAGGCUGGAGCAAUUCAGUAGAGCCGGUGUUUACUGGACACCUCUUAGUGACAACCAGGACAUGCAAAGCAGCAUUUUUUAAAAUUAUUAUUAAUUAGGAAGAACUACACUGGGUGGUAGAAGAGUCCCCUACUUCUAAGAUUUUUUGCUUAGAGGAAGCAGUGUUGCUGUGCUGACCCUUGACAUGCAGCCUCAUGGGCUGGGUCACUGGAAGAAUAAAGUUGUCAUUUACUGAGAUUCUGACCGCUAGAAACAGUGGAUUUGUGGGGAAAGAGCAGACAUUGAGUUUGGGAAGUAUUUCUGUUAUCUUUUUUUUUUUUAAUAAAUUAUUAUUUUUUUAAUGUUUAUUUUUGAGAGAGUGCAAGCAGGGGAGGGGCAGAGAGAGAGGGAGACAGAGGAUCUGAAACUGAUGUGGGGCUCAGUAUCAUGAACGGAGAGAUCAUGACCUGAGCUGCAGUCAGACCCUUAACCGACUGAGCUAUCCAGGUGCCCCGUUUUGUUAUCUUUUUAAGUUGAAAUAUAAUUCAUAUGCCAUAAGUUGUUUUUAAUUAAUUAAUUUAUUUUUAUUUUUAAAUCUUUAUUUUUGAAAGAGAGAGCAUGAGUGGGGGGAGGGGCAAAGAGAGAAGGAGAUGCAGAAUCUGAAGCCAACUCCAGGCUCUGAGCCAUCAGCACAGAGCCUGACGUGGGGCUCGAACCUAUGGACUUGUGAGAUCAUGACCUGAGCCAAAGUUGGACGCUUAAUCGACUGAACCACCCAACCGCCCCUAAAGUUUGCUUUUUAAAGUGUAUGGUUCAGUGAUUUUUAGUAUAUUCACAAGGUUUUGCGACCAUCACCACUAAUUCCACAACAUUUCAUCCACAAAAGUAAUCCAGUGCCCAUUAGCAGCCAUUCCCCUUCCCCUUUCACUCAGCCCCUAGCAGUCACUAAUCCACUUUCUGUCUCUAUGGAUGUGCCUGUUCUAGAUAUUUCAUAUCAGUAGAAUCCUAUGAUAUAUGAUCUUUUGUGUCUGCAUGUUUCAUUUAGGAUAAAGUUUUCCAGUUUUAUCCAUGUUGCAGCAUGUAUUAGUGCUUGAUUUCUUUUUGUGGGUGAAUCCUAUUCCAUGUUUGGAUAUAUCAGAUUUUUUGUCCAUUUAUCAUGAGGGCCUUUGGGUUAUUUCCGCUGUUUGGCUGUUAUGAAUAAUGCUGCUGUGAACAUUCACCUACAAGUGUUGGCAUAAACGUAUGUUUUCAGUUCUCUUGGGCAUAUACCGAGCAGCAGAUUUGCAUGGGGAACUCUAUGUUUAACCUUUCGAGGAACUUCCAGACUAUUUUCCACAGUGGCUGCAUCAUUUUGUAUUGCCACCAUCACUGUAGGAGGGCUCCUAUUUUCUCACAGCCUCCUCUGCACUUGUUCUUGUCUCUUUGAUGACAGCCAUUCUAGUGGAUAUGAGGUGGGUCUCAUUGUGGUUUUGACUUGCAUUUUCCUGAGGACUGUUACAGUUGAGCAUCCUUUUGUGUGCCUGUUUGCCAUCUGAUAUCUCCUUUGGAUAAAUGUCUGUUCGAGUCCUUUGCCCGUUUCUAAAUUGAGUCAUUUAUCUUUUUAUUGUUGAGAAGAAAUAUUAUUUUUGAAUUGUCUGUCAGAUGUUUAAGUGAUAUCAAGGAGCCAAGGGUGGUGUUCUGAGGAGGCUGGGACUAGGGCUUUACAACUGGGAGCUGUCAGCAGGUGGGGACAGAGAGCCAGAGUCUGGAUGAGGUCACAGAGCUUGAGGGAGAGGUCUGUCUGAGCCCUGAGCACUACAGCAGCUUAGAGUCAGAGGCAAAAGGAGCCCCCAAAGUGCACCUUCCUGGGAACCAAAUAAUAAAGGCAUUUCAAGAAGGAGAGAGUGAUCAGCCAUUCCAGAUGCCACUGAGCAGUCAAGAGAAAGAAGAGAAAGGGCUGAGGCCAUAGGAAUGAACUUGUCAGAGUAUUUUCAAACCAGUGCCUGGGGCCAACCAGAACGCUGAGUGACCCAGGUGUCUGGGUGGAAACCUGAGCUGGGAGAAGGAAGACGCCCGUGGAAGCUUCUGCCUCAAGCAUUCUUGAGUGUCAAGCAUCUGAUGUCCAGGGUCCUUCCAUCCCUCUCCCUUGCCAACCCCUCUGCCAUCCAACAACUAGGCAGUAAUGCUCCACUGCGGGCCUCACACCGGCUCUGAUGCUAGAGCUGAAUUGGAAAUUACAGGGGAUAACAGUAUGGAAAAGAAAGCCCAGGACAGCAGAAAAGGUGCCCCCCACAGAGCCGUGCCCCCAGCUGUGGGGCUGCUCUUCUCCAUGGCCCUCAUGAACACGCUCCUCUACUUCUGCCUUGAUUGGUUUUUCAUCUCCCGUCCACGCUCUGCUCCCAGCUCUGCUCACUGUCCCCACGGACACUUCAGAAUGGGACAGAUGAAAAACUGUUCACCGUGGCUGUCCUGCGAGGAGCUGAGGACCGAAGUGAGGCAGUUGAAGCGUGUUGGAGAAGGAGCUGUGAAGAGAGUCUUUCUGUCUGAGUGGAAGGAACGCAAAGUCGCGCUCUCACGGCUCACCAGUCUGGAGAUGAAAGAUGAUUUCCUGCAUGGGCUGCGGAUGCUGAAAACCCUGCAGAGUAAACAUGUUGUCACCUUGCUUGGAUACUGUGAGGAGGACAACACUAUUCUUACCGAAUAUCACCCCUUAGGUUCCUUGAGCAAUCUGGAAGAAACGCUCAACCUUUCCAAGUACCACAGUGUGAACACAUGGCAGCACAGGCUGCAGCUGGCCAUGAAUUACGUGGCCAUCAUCCACUACCUGCACCACAGCCCCCUGGGUACCCUGGUCAUGUGCGAUUCCAGUGACCUGCCCAAGACCUUGUCCCAGUAUCUGCUGACGAGCAACUUCAGCAUUGUGGUAAACGACCUGGACGCCUUGCCCCUGGUGAACCACAGCUCAAGGACUUUUGUGAAGUGUGGCCACAGGGAGCUUCACGGGGACUUUGUGGCUCCAGAGCAGCUGUGGCCCUAUGGAGAAGACAUGCCUUUUGACGAUGAUCUCAUGCCGUCAUAUGAUGAGAAGAUCGACAUCUGGAAGAUUCCAGAUGUCUCUAGUUUCCUUUUGGGGCACGUUGAAGGAAGUGAUAUGGUCCGAUUUCAUUUGUUUGAUAUUCAUAAGGCGUGUAAGAGCCAGACUCCUGCAGAAAGACCCACUGCUCGAGAAAUUCUAGACACUUAUGAGAAGGUUUUGAAUCUGCUCAGAGAAACUGUGAUGUCCCAGACAAGAGAAAUGCUAUGAAAACCAUUCAGUCAGUGAAGAAUGGGUUUCAAAGAAUAAAUGGAAUCAUUAUAGCAAUUCUUACUCUAAUGGUGAGUUUUUUGCUGUUCAGUGUGUGGUUCUUCCUCUGUAUCCACAUCCACAUGCACGUGUGAGCGUUGCUUAUCCCCUGGUGGGACCUGGGCAGAUGCCUCACCUUCUCACACUGAUCACUCCUGCUGAACUUGAGAAGCAGUGGAUCUAGCCAUAUCUGAAGGAGGUAACAAAAAUGUCACCACAUAGGGGCUUCACCUGCCCUAAUUACUGAAUUUGUAAACUUGUAAGAAACAUAUAAAGAAAAGAUCCGUAAAUGGCAGGAUAUGAAAGAAAUGUACAGUGGUUUUCCAAAGAAGUUUUUUUCCUCAUUUUUUUAGAUAAUAGUCAACAUUACCAGGGUCAUGGGAGUAUUUGUGGCCUGUCAACAUCACAUGGUGUUGAUGAGGCCAUCUUUACUGUUUUAAAUGAUUGUUUAAAUGUUUAAUGAAUGUGAAGCUCUUGUGCCAUCCUCUUUCCAAAAAUCUAAAGGAGAACUAUGAUAGCUUGCUCUUUGAAAUUUUGAAUGGGCAAGGAAUAUUUAGAACAGCAAGUAUGAGGGAAAUUGUAUUUAUGUUACUGCCUUGGAUGGUGUUUGUGAAAUUCCUAUUUACCUUCCAGCUAGGUUUUCUGUGUCCAAAAUAAAUUAUUGUGAACAGUUUACA